AUGAUGGACAAAUACAAAUAUGCUUAAUCAUUAUAUAGAUCCAAAAAUUACAAACACUCUUUCAUAACAACAUAAUUAUGUUGUAGAGUUAAGGUUUAGCAUAUUUGGGAGUAGACAAAUCUCAAUGAUGAAUCUGAAACAGUAAAAAGUGCAGGCUUGCUAUGUAGAUAUGACGAUAAAGGGUUAAUUAAAUUCAUCAAGAGAGUUAUUGACUCGGCUGAUACUUACACAUAUGAAUAGCAGAAAUGGUUACAAAAGGCAAUUCAAAAAAUUUAUUAUGAAUCAUAUUAAGAGUUAUCUCUCCAUGAAAUUCGUUUUUUGAUAAAGGAAAUAUAAAAAGAGCACGAGAACAAUAACAAAACAAGAACCAUAAGUUGCCUCUAGAUGUUGUGCUAGAUUUUACUUGGGCUAGGAAGAAUAGAUGAAGCGCUAUCGAUUUGGCCUUCGUUUAUUGGUUUGGAGCCUAAUUCUUUGGUUGGCUAUCAGAAAUAAGCAUAAUUAUUGGCUAAGUUGAAGGAUGAGGAAUCCAGUAUUGAGGUUUGGAAUCUGUAUUUAAGCAAUAACAAAGAAGAAGAGUUCACUUUUUGUCAUCAAAAAGCUUAAUUCCUUUUUAUUCAUUUAGAGAGGAUGGAUGAGGCAGUUCAAGUAUGGAAUGAUUACAUUCAGAAAAACCCUAAUUAUCUAGAUGCUUACAUUAACAAAGCUGACCUAUUACAUUAGAUGUUUGACAUUGAAGGGGUGAUAGCUGUGUAUGAUGAUUAUAUAAAGAAACAUUAAAAUGAUUUUAAGGGCUAUAGAGUAAAAGCUGACUUUCUUGUAGCUUUGAGUUAAUUUGAUGAUGCAAUAGAAGUUUGGGAAAGCUAUUUGCAAUUGUUUCCGAAGGAUAGAAAAGCUUAUGAGAAGAUGGUGAUGGUCGUGAACCUUAAAUACUAAUGAUAUUAGCAUACAAUUAAUUUAUAAUUUUACAU